CACAGAGUGAAUGGCCGGACAUUUGCCGAGAUUGAGAUUACAGCACACAUGUAUCUGGAUCUCUGUCUCACUGUGUCUGGGAGAAAGCUGGGGGCACUUUGCAAACCUUGCCAAGCCCUGUUCCUCUGCCCAGGGGAAACAGAGGUGGGAGGGAAGGGGCUGCCGGUUUCUCUGCCAGCACUGGGAUGCCAAGGCACGGCUCAACCGUAUCAGGGUGCCCUGGGGGAAGUGUUCCUGUGCUGAGAGUGACCCAGCUGUCCUGAGCAACCUCUGGCCCUGGGCAGCAGGCUAAGAGUGAGCGCACAUGUGCCCGCCCAGCCUCGGGACUUCGGCAGGGCAGAGAAGCGAGCAUUGUCCCCGCUCAGUGUCAGCCCCGGCUGGGACACGGCGGCUGUGCCAUGGCCGGACUGCUCCUGCCGGCAGUAGCCGUGGUCCUCCUCUGCUUCGCCGUGCGUCUGGAGGCCAGCCCGGAGCUGUCCGGGUACCUGCGCAAGGUGCUGAGGAACCACACUGCCCACACCUGCGACGGAGAGCAACUCCUCAUCAUCUGCCCUCGCAAAACAACCAUCAGCAUCCUCGGGGCCUUCUAUGGGCGUCGAGUGCCCAGCACCAACCUCUGCCCCAGCCCCGAAAAUGCCUCCCAGGAGAGCACUGAAUGCACGUCUGCCACUGCCCACCUGAAGCUGCUGGAUGAGUGCCAGGACCAGCAGUGGUGCCAGUUCUCAGUGCACAGCCAGGUCUUUGGGCCAGACCCAUGCCCUGGGACACACAAGUAUCUCAUCGCUUCCUACAAGUGCCGGCCAGGGAACCAUCGGGUCAAGACCGUGUGCGAGAAUGACAAGCUGAGGCUGCAGUGUCGACCGAAAUCCAUCCUGGCCAUUUAUUCUGCAAGUUAUGGACGGUUCUUGCGGGGCAAACCAGAGUGUGAUGCCUUGAACACUGGAGGACCCCAUAUAGAGUGUGUGGCUCCAGACGCUCUGCGCAGGGUCUCCAAGAAAUGCCAUCGCAAGGGGAACUGCACCGUGGCUGCUGACAAGGCCACCUUCGGGGACCCGUGCCUCCCCGGCACAAAGAAGCAGCUGCGAGUCUCUUACACCUGUGUUCCCAAGCAGCUGCUGGAGGAGGUGGGCCCUGACACUUCGGACCCCUUCCUGCUCUCGGACUACAUGCAUGGUGGCUGGUACAAAGGGCCCAGGUUCUCCAGGCUCCAGGAAGACCGCAUGAUUUUUACUAGCUCUCUGGCAGCUUUUGCCCACCUUUGGGGUGUUCCAGAGAAAGUUGCCCUCUACUUUCUUUGUGGAGUCUCAGGAGGCCUCAUGCUGCUGCUGUGCAUCAUCAGCCCCAAAACGACCUUCCUCCAGGAGGUGGGGGAGGCUAUCAAGGACCCAGAGCUGGGGAGCAGCUCAGAGCUGGGCAGGACCAAGCUGCGGGAUGAGCAGGAUGAAGAUAUCCCUGAUGACAGCUCCUCAGACUCCUCCUUCCGCCGCCUCACCCGCACCUACCGUGCCACUGACAGCAUCUUCGGCCCUGAGCUGACAGCAGCUAUGGAGGGAGCAGUGGAGCACCAGGGCCACAGUGGGGACGAGAUCUGGAUGCCCAAGGAGUCAAGCCCAUACGCCAUACACAAGAUCAAAUCAGCCACCAAAUAAGAACUGGAAGAAAAUGGCUGGAGGGCAGCAGCAGAAGGGUGCAGGCUCAGUGGGAUCCGACAUCAGAGGGACAUAAGUUUGGGCUCCUUGGGGUGACUGGACAUCCCGAGCAGCAGCAGGGUCACGGCAGCUCCAAUGUAUCCAUCAACCCACUGCUCCACAAGCAUGGAAACCUCUCACCUGGGGGUAACAUGCAAUCCCUCGGUUUGGUGAGGGGCUGUGUAAUGGUUCUGUGGGCCAUGGGCUCCUUUGCCACAGAUGCCACUAACCCUAACCUAACCUCCCUGUUCUCAGCUUGCAUCGUCUGGCUCUAGAGUCUAACCCUGAUCAGCUGUGCCAAGUCUACCCUGAGCCUUCAAGGCUGUUUGCUCCUAUUUCUCCUUGGGUACUGGCUUCCACUCCUGGUGCUGCAAAUACACCCUGCACUCAGGCACUGUGCCAGCAGCGGAGAGGCAGGAAUGGCCAGGACACAGUGAGAAGCAGGAGGAGUGGGUGUGCAAGCACAGCAGCACAGCCCCACCACAGUGCAUGCCAUGCAGCCCUGCUUUGCCAAGGGAGCUACUCCCCAGGCUGGGGCCACUGGCAGCUCAGCACAACACUGGCUCUCAUCUCCCUGCAAGCAUUCUGGAGCUCUGUCACCCUAUGUUGCUCUGCUUUCCUUUCUAUUUUCCCCAGAGGCAGGAGAGCCCCAAGUUUUAACUUGCUGUGGUUUUUUUCCAGUGAAUAAAUGCAACAGGUCUUAGGCA